UUUCUUUUUCUGAUUGAAUAGGUCGUGGUUCUUGGUCUUCUUUCUUUGGUUAUAUUAGGACAAUUGGGUUAGGCUUUGAUAGUGUCUAACUAUUUUUUCAACUAGUUCUCCACUCUGCCUAAGUAAAAGGGUAUUCAAUAUUCAAAGCCAUUACAUAAAGCAACAAGUCCUUUCAUUUCCUUUGUGUUCUACUGGUUUUUUUUUUUUGUCAAAAAUUUGUAUUUUUUUUCCCUGAGAUGGAGAGCCUUUUGGGUCUGCUUAGGAUUCAUGUCCACAGAGGGGUGAACCUCGCAGUCAGGGAUGUCAGAAGCAGUGAUCCUUAUGUUGUUAUCAAAAUGGGCAAGCAGAAGCUGAAGACUCGUGUAGUGAAGAAGAAUAUCAAUCCAGAGUGGAAUGAAGAUUUGACUCUUUCUGUAGCUGAUCCCAGUCUUCCAAUAAAGAUUUUUGUAUUCGACAAAGACACAUUUUCUCUGGAUGAUAAAAUGGGGGAUGCUGAGUUUGAGAUUGGUUCAUUUCUUGAAGCCUUAAAGAUGCGCUUGGAAGGCCUUCCUAAUGGAACAAUAAUUUCGAGAGUACAACCAAACAGGCAAAACUGUCUAGCUGAAGAGAGCUGCAUUAUCUGGACUGAUGGCAAAGCUGUUCAAAAUAUGGUUCUUAGACUGCGAAAUGUGGAGAGCGGCGAGGUGGAACUCCAGUUACAGUGGAUUGACAUUCCUGGUUCCCGGGGUUUGUAGAUCCAUCUACUCUAUUAAUUUAAUGGCUCGCUUAUUGUAAAUACAGGAUUGAAGCAUCCUUUUUUGGCAACAAAUGAGGCUGUUCACUUUGUUUCCUUUGUUCAUAGAUGUUAAGAGAGUGAAAUUUAGUAGUGUAAUCCUCCCAUGUAUUGUUACCAAUCAUAUGGGAUCGGAGUAAACAGAAUGGCACAAUCGUUUGUUUUCUUUUUAAUAAAGACGUGGUUAUUGGCUAA